CAACACAAUGAACCGUGUUUGUUGUCGUCAAACAUUGCUCAUAAAUGGACAACAAAUUGCCAACCAUGAACUGACGCUAUUGCUAUGAUAAAGUUGAUAUAUCCGCUUAUUAGAACAAACUUUACUUGCGUGGAUACAGGAAAAUGACCAUAACUUAUAGGAGAUGAUGUUGAACAAACUAGCCUACGGAAGGACUUUACGCGAAGUGUUACCACAGACGCACUUGUUUGCGUCCAGUUGUUCUGUCGGAUGUGAACGAGGAAAAAAAGGGAGAAUAAGUUAGGAAGUGAAACGGGCUAAUUACACAGUCCAUCCCUCAUUUCCAUAUCCAGGGAGAGUGUCUCUGGCGCUUGGCCAAUCCCUCGUGCAGCGCAACGUAAUACAUGACCCUCUAUCAUUAUAACGCCGACAUGCGCAAUCUGCGCAACGGUAACAACAUCUAAUAUCUCUUAUUCACUGACCCCGGGACUGUACGGGAUUGCCUGCGUCCGAUGUAUCUGCAGAUCGGAGUGCCGGAGACUCGAAGCGCAGAGACAUGUCCCGAAGAAAGCAAUCGAAACCGCAGCAUCUUAAAUCGGACGAAGAGGAAAAAAGUCCGGAUAACGCACUUCUCUUGAGGGGAGGCGAUGAGGAGGACAGCGGCACAGAGAGCCGCAGUGGGGGCGAGGAGACACAUGUGUGUGAGAGGUGCUGUGCUGAAUUCUUCAAGUGGUCUGAAUUACUGGAGCACCAGCAGAAGUGCACAGAAGACCCCCCUGUCCUGAUAGUAAAGGAGAAUGAAGAAAAGCCUGUCUCCCGAGGAUCACCCACAGAGUCCUUCUUAAGCACCCACAGUGACUCAGCAGAAAUGAUGGAGGCUAACGACGAGAACUUUGAGCUGGCAGAGAAAUUUGACGAGAGCCUCGGCAUGCCUGAGGAAACCCACAUCAUUGACGUGGGUGAACAAAUGGAUAUUAGUUUUCCUGGGCAUAAGACAUCAAACCUCAGCCAUCUGCCACUCGAGAAUGAAAACCCGCCCGCUUCCCUUGCACCAUCUAUCACCAACCACUAUGACAUGCCCAGCACCAAUGUGACCCUGGAGAUCCUUCAUAGCACCAGAGUGGCUGUUGCUCAGUUCUCCCAGAGCAUUCAUUGUGCAGGGCCUGCAGGCAAGCUGAGCUCAGCCGCAAUCCCCAUGAUUCUAGAACAGUUGAUGUCUCUGCAACAGCAGCAGGUUCACCAAUUACAGCUCAUCGAGCAGAUCCGCAGCCAGGUUGCUGUAAUGAAUAGGCAGCCCACGCAAGCUGCCCUUAAUCCUGCAUCAAAAAGUCUGCCCUCUGACUCUAACACUUACAAUUUCCAGGGCAUCGCUCCAACCCCUGUACUUCCAUUAUCUGGGGUCAUGCCCUCUGCAGUGAAUGGGCAGGCUUCUGUGUCCCAGGCUUCUACUUCUAUGCUUGUGAGGCCACCACAGCUGUCUUCACAGACAAAGAGUGGACAAACCAACUCUCUAGCAAUGGACAGUGCCACUGCUUCCUUAACAAGUUCAAGCCCUCAUCUCUUCAGCAACAGCGUUGCUUCCCCACUCUUGCCGACCUGUAGCGGUUCACUCUCUAAUGUUAGUAACACCCAACCCCUCAGCACUCCCAGCCUGCUAUCAGCUUGCCAGAGUAGCCUACUUAGCCCUGCUGCCAACCUACCAUUACUACCUCAAAGCCCUCCCAACGGAGUCAUCUUUCCCAAUCCACUGGCCAGUAUAGCAGCCACUGCCAGUGCAUUAGAUCCACUUGCUGCAAUGAUGAAGCACCGUAAGGCCAAACUGCCCGGUGUCUCCAUUUUUGACAGCAAGCCCAGUUCUGAGGACCCAUUCUUCAAGCACAAGUGCAGGUUCUGCGCCAAAGUGUUCGGUAGCGAUAGUGCAUUACAGAUCCACCUGCGCUCACACACAGGUGAGAGGCCCUUCAAAUGUAACAUCUGUGGCAAUCGUUUCUCAACAAAGGGAAACCUCAAGGUCCACUUUCAAAGGCACAAGGAAAAGUACCCUCAUGUUCAGAUGAACCCAUACCCAGUCCCAGAAUAUCUGGACAAUAUCCCUACCAGUUCUGGGAUACCCUAUGGAAUGUCCUUUACUCCCGAGAAGACAGGACCUACUUGGUUGGACAGUAAACCUGUUCUACCAACAGUGCCGUCCUCAGUGGGUCUGCAGUUGCCACCCACAGUACCAGUUAUUGAAAGCUUAAGUGACUCGUUUACAAGUAUGCCCUCUGAAAGAUCUCCACACAGGCCCUCACCAGCUAGAGGUGAACUUACACCUUCACCACCUAAUCCUACUGGCACCGAGACAGAUAUGUCUACCAUGACAUCCUCCCCUAAGUCAAAUAGAGAAGGAGAACUCACACCGACUUUUAAUGUAGAGGAGGUGCACCUGCCAUCAAACAGUAUGAUCAGAAAUGGAAAGGACUUUGCAAACCAUAGCUUGCUACCACAGUCAACAGGAAUACCUGUUAAGGGCAAUGAACCUGAGUCUGAUGAUGCUUCUCAAGCUGUUAAUAUAUCCUCCUCUCCCCCACUGAUCUCUGAACAGUUUAAGUCCAAGUUCCCAUUUGGUGGUCUUCAAGACUCUAUGCAAACAUCUGAGACAUCGAAACUCCAACAGCUUGUAGAAAACAUUGACAAGAAGAUGAUGGAGCCCAAUCAGUGUGUGAUCUGCCACCGUGUAUUAAGUUGCCAGAGUGCACUGAAGAUGCAUUACCGCAUUCAUACAGGGGAGAGGCCGUUUAAAUGUAAGGUUUGUGGCCGAGCUUUCACUACAAAAGGAAACUUGAAGACUCACUUUGGUGUCCACCGUACAAAGCCUCCUCUUCGGAUUCAGCAUUCCUGUCCGAUCUGUCAGAAGAAGUUUACUAAUGCUGUUGUGUUACAACAGCAUAUACGCAUGCACAUGGGAGGGCAGAUUCCCAACACUCUGCUUACAGAAACCAUCUAUGAGAAAGAUAAUGAUAUGGAGAGUUUUGACAGCAUGAGCACUUUUGAUGAUGACUGUCUUGAUGACAUUUCUUUUGAGGAUGAACGGGAUUUUGUAGAAAACAGUGAAAACACCCUGAGCUCCUUUUCGGACAGUCCACCUCCUGUUUUAUCUCUCCCAGCCAGUGUGUCUGAACCUACAAAUGCAGGGGGUGACUCAUCAGUCAGUCUCAGUCAAUCAAAUGGAAAAAAGAUUGCCAGGUUUGGACCUUUGGAUAACGAUCAAAAUGCUCUUGGUUCCACCGCCACAGGAGAGAUGGAGAACCAAAGCAUGGGAACAAGUUUAAUGCCACAAUCAUCCAGUUCUUUUCACAUUCCUCCCUAUCCAAAAAAUAAUCCAACUGAGGGCCAACAUGAGCACCCAGUCUCUCCGAACCUCUCCUCUAAAAUCCCAGAGACAACAUCGUUAGUGAAAUUUGAAACAUCAGAUUGUCCUUCAACAAAUUUAUUCAAUGGGGUGAAUUUUAAUCAAACAGGAAUCCAGUCCAUUAAGUCUACAUUCAAGAAAGAAAACCCUUUCAACGUGCACUGUUUCACUAAAGAACAUGAUAAUGCUCAAAGCUCAGCUGAACAGGAAAAGAAAGCACCGACUGUAGUUAAAAUGGAGAUGAGCGCUUGCAGUAGACCGUAUAUGCUAAAAGAGGGGCCUUUCCCUGGAUUUGGCCUGCAGGCUCCUGCCGUCCGAUCUGAGGUGAUGAUACCAGGCGUCACCUCUCUUACUGGACUACCCCCUCCCCGACGGACCCCUAAACAACACAACUGCAGAGCAUGUGGAAAGAACUUCUCUUCUGCCAGUGCCUUGCAGAUCCAUGAGCGCACACACACAGGCGAAAAACCCUUCGGCUGCUCAGUCUGUGGUCGAGCUUUCACAACAAAGGGUAAUCUUAAGGUGCACAUGGGCACCCAUAUGUGGAAUAACACUCCAGCCCGUAGAGGAAGACGUCUGUCUAUGGAAAACCCCAUUGCCCUGCUUGGGGGAGACGCCCUGAAAUUCAGCGAAGCAUUUCAGAAGGAUUUAGCAGCGCGGGCCAUGAAUGUGGACCAAAACUUCUGGAGCCGGUAUGCAGCGGUUAUAACUAAUGGCUUAGCCAUGAGGAACAAUGAAAUAUCCGUUAUUCAGAGUGGAGGAGUCCCUCAGCUUCCUGCCUUUACUGUGGCUACGGACAAAGCUAGCACUGGAAACAGCCCACCAAUCACAGCCCUGGAAAAAACAGGCAUAGAAAGGGGUUCUGGACAACACUUUUCCAUGAUGAUGAAUGACAAAAAAGACAUUGGAAUCAACUGAAGUAAAGUUGACUUAUUCUUUUUCCUUACUUAAGGAAUGUUGAGAAUAAAUGUGUCUUGAUUCUUUUCUUUUUUUUAUCAGAUUAAACUAUUUAAAAUGUGCUUCAUUCAUGUGGAAAAGUUUACGUUGCUUUAAAGGCACAUGGUCUUUAUUAUUCUGAGGCCAUGGUUGGUAAUAAAAUGAUGCUCACUGACUUAAACCUUACACUUGAUUCAAGGGCAUUGCUCUGAGAUAAGAUUAUUAUAUUAUGUUGUAAAUAUGUAUUUUAUUUCACUUGUUUUUGUAGUAAAACAUUGCUCCAUUUAUUGUAAAAGGAACAUGUUUGCGUAUAUAAAAGAAGCUUUUCAUUCCCAACUGUGGUCUUAAUGUAGCUACAGCUGAAAGUAUGUAACUUAAAUCCCCAAGAAAAAGAAAGAGACAUUUCAUUGUCUUUGAAAAGAUCUGUAUUAUUCUUUGACAUCCCACUGCUUUGCUGCUAUGCAUGGGAUGCAACCAUUUAUUGUCAUGCAAAUGAAGAACACCAUUAUGAAAGCUAGUAUAGCUGCCAUCAACAAUGAAAGGUUCCAUCUUAUACCAGCCUAUGUUAAUAUAUUAUUAAUGCUGAUUAUGAGUUUGUUUGUUGAGUCUUGUUUACCUUUACAUACGGUACAAAAUUAAUUAGUGGGCCAAAAUGAAACUAUUAAGUAUAUCAAAAGUGUUAACAAAGAUCUCAAAUUAAAAAAAAAAAAAAAAAACACCUCUAAGCUUUGGUUGUGUAGCUAUCUAUGAAAGCCCCUUUUGUUGCGGGACAAUUCGAUUUUUCAAUUUAGAUUUUUUUUUUUAAAGUGUGAUUUCAUAUAAAGAACAAAAUAAUUUUAUAUGGCAAGGGAAAUGAAAAAAGUGAAAAUAAUAAAAUUGUCUGUAAUGAUAGCCUAUGAUUUAUUUACUAAGAGUGUAAUGUUUCAGAUCUGUCAUGUUUUAGUGUUUUUUUUUUUUUUGUUGAUUUGUUUGUUUUUUUUGUGCUAUUUUUUCUUACAUAAUGCGUUGUUUAGAUUUCAUUAGUGUUGGAAACAAAAGAGCAAUUUUUCAUAAGAUGGGAAAUGAUAAAACAAGGGACGGGGUAUUUGGUGUGUCCUCUGCAUGACAAAGAGACACUAUUUUUAUACUCAGAUAGAUUAUAACAGGAAUUAAACUGUACAUCAGAUUUACUUUUCUGUCUGCACAUCAGUAUUUUUACAUGGAACAUCUGAGGUGGGCUCCUUAAACACACUGACAGAACUGGAUUUAUUUCUAAGAUGCAAUAUUGCCACCU